AUGCCCUUGGUGUGUUUGACAGACUUUCAGGCUUAUGCCCAAGAGCAUCUUUCUAAGUCAACUUGGGAUUUUAUUGAAGGAGGAGCUGAUGAAUGCUUCACCCGUGAUGACAACAUGGCAGCAUUUAAAAAAAUCCGUCUCCGCCCCCGGUACCUGAGAGAUGUGCAAGAGGUGGACACCCGGACCACAGUCCAAGGGGAGGAGAUCACAGCCCCCAUUGGCAUCGCGCCCACGGGUUUCCACUGCCUUGUCUGGCCAGACGGAGAAAUGAGCACAGCCAGAGCCGCCCAGGCAGCCGGGGUCUGCUAUGUCACCAGCAUCUAUGCUAGCUGUCCCCUUGAAGACAUUGCUGCCGCAGCCCCCAGGGGCCUCAAGUGGUUCCAGCUCUACAUGCAGCCAGACCGGCAGCUCAACAAGCAGCUGGUCCAGAGGGCUGAAUCCCUGGGCUUCAGAGCUCUGGUCAUCACUGUGGAUGCACCCAAAAUUGGCAACAGGCGACGUGACUUUCGAAACCAGCUGAACUUAAAGAUGAACUUGUUGCUGAAAGACCUUCGCUCGCCUAAAGAGAGAAAUUCAAUGCCUUAUUUCCAGAUGUCCCCCAUUGACUCAUCCUUCUGCUGGAAUGAUCUCUCCUGGCUUCAGAGCAUAUCGCGAUUGCCCAUCAUCCUUAAAGGGAUCUUGACAAAAGAGGAUGCAGAGUUAGCUGUGAAACACAAUGUCCAUGGCAUCAUUGUUUCCAACCAUGGUGGGAGGCAGCUUGAUGAUGUUCCCGCUUCUAUCGAUGCCUUGACAGAAGUGGUGGCUGCUGUGAAAGGGAAAAUGGAAGUGUACCUGGAUGGUGGGAUCCGAACUGGCAACGAUGUGCUCAAGGCUCUGGCCCUUGGGGCUAAGUGUGUGUUUCUGGGGAGACCAGUCCUGUGGGGUCUUGCCUAUAAGGGUGAACAUGGCGUUGAGGAAGUUUUGAACCUUAUAAAAAAUGAAUUCCACACUUCCAUGACCCUCACAGGUUGCCGGUCGGUUGCCGAGAUCAAUCAGGACCUGGUCCAGUUCUCCAGGUUGUAA